CCGUCUCUGCAGAUAGACCACAGGAUCCACACGGCGUCACAGGUGGCUCCUCCGGGCUCCAAGCAGAACAAGCCCCGCGUGGCCAACUCACGGGAUGAGCGCUUCAGAUCAGACCUUCAUACAGAAGCAGUACAAGCAGCCUUGUCAAAGUAUAAAGAGAGAAAGAUGCCGAUGCCCUCGAAGAGACGCUCUGUUCUAGUGCAGUCCUCAGUUGAAGCAUGCACUCCUCCAGACACGUCGUCGGCGUCAGAAGACGAGGGGUCGCUGCGCCGGCAGGGGCGGAUCUGCUCCUCGUCCCCGUACCAGGCGCACCCGAGCGUGGAGCACUGGUUCAACCGGGUCAUCCAGGGCUCGUCCACCUCCUCGUCCGCCUCCUCCACCUCAUCACACCCCGGAGGAAGAGCCCACCACUCCAACGCCACCUCUGCUUCAGCGGCCACCGUGCUGGCCGACCUCAUGGCUCACACACAGCUGGGCGUUCCAGUCAACAGUCGAGUGUCCUCCAAGAUCCAGCAGCUCCUAAACACGCUGAAAAGGCCAAAGAGACCCCCUUUACGAGAGUUCUUUGUUGAUGAUUUUGAGGAGCUUUUGGACGUCCAGCAUCCGGACCCGAACCAGCCGAAGCCUGAGGGGGGUGAGAUGCGAGCGCUGAACGGGGAUCCGCUCGGUGUGAUCACGAACUGGCCUCCGUCACUCCUGGCCUCUCUACAGCGCUGGGGAAGCACACAUCCCAAGAGCCCCUGCCUCACAGCACUGGACAACACCGGCAAACCCGUCUACACACUCACAUACGGGAAGUUGUGGACGCGGAGUCAGAAGCUUGCGUUUACGCUGCUGAAUAAACUGAGCAGCAGGAAUGAGCCACUGCUGCGGCCCGGAGACCGAGUUGCACUUGUGUUCCCGAACAACGAUCCGGUGAUGUUUAUGGUGGCGUUUUACGGAUGUCUGCUGGCAGAGCUGGUGCCGGUGCCCAUAGAGGUGCCACUCACUCGAAAGGACGCCGGCGGGCAGCAGGUGGGCUUUCUGCUGGGCAGCUGCGGGGUCACGCUGGCUCUGACCACUGAUGCCUGUCAGAAGGGCCUUCCUAAAGCUCAGACCGGGGAAGUGGUCACUUUUAAAGGCUGGCCUCGACUGCUGUGGUUUGUCACGGAUGGAAAGCAUGUUGUGAAGCCUCCUAAAGACUGGCAUCCUCCGAUACGAGAAGCCGGUGAUGAGAUCGCGUAUAUCGAGUAUAAGAGCAGUAAGGAGGGCAGCACUAUGGGCAUCACCGUGUCUCACGCUGCGAUGUUGGCUCACUGCCAUGCGCUCACACAGGCCUGUGGAUACACAGAGGGCGAGAUUAUAACAAACGUGCUGGACUUCAAACGAGACGCUGGUCUGUGGCACGGGGUGCUCACGAGUGUGAUGAACCGACUGCACGUGAUCAGCAUCCCAUACUCUCUGAUGAAGGUCAACCCUCUCUCCUGGAUACAGAAAGUCCACACCUAUAAAGCGCGUGUAGCAGUGGUGAAGUCCCGGGACAUGCACUGGUCACUGUUAGCCCAGCGGGAUCAGAGAGACAUCAGUCUCAGUUCCCUCCGGAUGCUCAUCGUGGCUGACGGAGCCAAUCCCUGGUCUAUUUCGUCUUGCGACGCCUUCCUGAACGUCUUCCAGGCCCGUGGACUGCGUCCCGAGGCGAUCUGCCCGUGUGCGAGCUCCUCCGAGGCCAUGACCGUCGCCCUCCGCAGGCCUCCGGAGAUGGGCGUUCCUCCCCCGGGUAAAGCGGUGUUGUCCAUGAGCGGUCUGAGUUACGGCGUGAUCCGGGUCGACACCGAGGAGAAGCUCUCCGUUCUCACUGUGCAAGAUGUAGGACAGGUCAUGCCUGGAGCGCUGGUGUGUGUGAUCCGGCUGGAGGGAACGCCGUACCUGUGUCGAAUGGACGAGGUGGGAGAGAUCUGUGUGAGCUCCAGCAGUACGGGGAUCUCUUACUAUGGUCUGCCAGGAAUGACCAAGAAUGUCUUUGAGACCAUUCCCGUGACAUCAUCAGGAUCUCCCAUCAGCGACCGGCCCUUCACACGCACGUCUCUCCUGGGCUUCAUCGGCCCGGAUAAUCUGGUGUUUGUGGUGGGAAAGCUGGAUGGGCUGAUGGGGGUGAGCGGGCGCAGGCAUAACGCAGAUGAUGUGGUGGCCACCGCGCUGGCCGUCGAGCCCAUGAAGUUUGUGUACAGAGGACGGAUCGCAGUUUUCUCUGUUUCGGUUCUGCACGAUGAGCGCAUUGUUGUGGUGGCAGAACAGAGACCAGACGCUUCAGAGGAGGACAGCUUCCAGUGGAUGAGCCGAGUGCUACAGGCCAUCGACAGCAUCCAUCAGGUGGGUGUGUACUGUCUGGCUCUGGUCCCGGCGAACACACUCCCCAAAGCUCCCCUGGGCGGCAUCCACAUCUCCGAGAGCAAGCAGCGCUUCCUGGAGGGAGCCCUGCACCCCUGCAACGUGCUCAUGUGCCCUCACACCUGCGUCACCAACCUGCCCAAGCCCCGCCAGAAGCAGCCCGGCACCGAGGUGGGUCCUGCUUCCAUGAUAGUGGGAAACCUGGUGGCAGGAAAGAGAAUUGCUCAGGCCUGUGGGAGAGACGUGUCUCAGCUGGAAGACCAUGAUCAGUUCCUGUAUCUGCAGGACGUCCUGCAGUGGAGAGCUCAGGCCACUCCAGACCAUCCUCUGUUUCUGCUGCUCAACGCCAAGGGCACGGUGGCCAACACAGCGUCAUGUGUGCAGCUGCACAAGCGUGCGGAGCGAGUGGCGGUGGCGCUGAUGGAACGAGGCCGACUGAACACCGGAGAUCAUGUGGCACUGGUGUAUCCUCCCGGUAUUGAUCUGAUCGCCACUUUCUACGGCUGCCUGUACGCCGGCUGCGUCCCCGUCACCGUCAGGCCUCCACACCCGCAGAACCUAACCACGACCCUGCCCACCGUCAAGAUGAUCGUGGAGGUCAGUAAGUCUGUAUGUAUUCUGACAACACAAGCAAUAAUGAAACUACUGAAAUCCAAAGAGGCCGCGGCUGCUGUGGACGUGAAAGCGUGGCCGUUGAUACUGGACACAGAUGAUCUCCCGAGAAAGAGGAUUCCCCAGAUCUACAAACCCCCCACCCCAGAGAUGCUCGCCUACCUGGACUUCAGUGUGUCGACCACAGGAAUCCUGGCUGGGGUCAAGAUGUCCCAUGCUGCCACCAGUGCCUUGUGUCGCUCUAUCAAGCUGCAGUGUGAGCUGUACCCGUCCCGCCAGAUCGCCAUCUGCCUGGACCCCUACUGCGGCCUGGGCUUCGCCCUCUGGUGUCUCUGCAGUGUGUACUCAGGCCAUCAGUCUAUUCUGGUCCCUCCUCUGGAGCUGGAGACCAAUGCGUCUCUGUGGCUCUCUGCGGUCAGCCAGUAUAAAGCUCGAGUGACCUUCUGUUCGUAUUCGGUGAUGGAGAUGUGUACCAAAGGCCUGGGCUCCCAGACUGAAGCUCUGCGGUUGCGGAGCGUGAAUCUGUCGUGUGUGCGCACCUGUAUGGUGGUGGCGGAGGAGCGUCCUCGCAUCGCACUCACUCAGUCCUUCUCCAAGAUCUUCAAGGACCUGGGGCUCUCGAGCCGGGCCGUCAGCACCACCUUCGGCUGCCGGGUGAACGUGGCCGUGUGUCUUCAGCCCAACAGGCUGGGCAAGCUGGCAGAGCAGGGCACGUCUGGGCCGGACCCCACCACCGUAUAUCUAGACAUGAGGGCCCUGCGGCAUGACAGAGUUCGAUUAGUCGAGAGAGGCUCACCACACAGUCUGCCACUGAUGGAAUCUGGGAAGAUUCUGCCUGGGGUGAAGGUUAUAAUCGCCAACACAGAGACCAAAGGACCUCUAGGAGAUUCUCAUCUGGGUGAAAUUUGGGUGAGCAGCCCCCAUAAUGCCACAGGAUACUAUACGGUUUAUGGCGAAGAGGCGUUGCACGCGGACCACUUCAGCACCAGACUGAGCUUCGGUGACACGCAGACGGUCUGGGCUCGCACCGGUUACCUCGGCUUCCUGCGGCGUACAGAACUCACAGAUGCCAGUGGAGAGAGACAUGAUGCCUUGUAUGUGGUUGGAUCUCUGGAUGAGACUCUAGAGCUGCGGGGAAUGCGUUACCAUCCCAUUGAUAUUGAAACGUCUGUAAUAAGAUCACACAAGAGCAUUGCAGAGUGCGCUGUGUUCACAUGGACUAAUCUACUGGUGGUGGUAGUGGAGCUUGAGGGGUCAGAACAGGAAGCCCUGGACCUUGUUGCCCUGGUGACCAAUGUGGUUCUGGAAGAGCACUAUCUCAUAGUAGGGGUUGUUGUGGUAGUGGACCCUGGAGUCAUUCCUAUCAACUCCAGAGGGGAGAAGCAGCGAAUGCACUUGCGGGACGGCUUUCUCGCCGACCAGCUGGAUCCCAUAUACGUGGCCUACAACAUGUGAGAAUGUGUAAUGUGGAGGAGGAACCAGAUGCCAGAAAACUCUGUAUAUGCAAAUUUACAAAGGAAGCAUUAGCGGAAAGUUUGGACAGUCUUGCCUCUUCCUCCACACACAUGAAGAGUCCUUGAUGGAGCUAUGCAGUUUAUUUUUUAUAUCAAACUGUCAGAAUGCCUUGAAAAUAAAACUCUGAUUCAGUGGUCAGGGCAAAUGACUUGAUUUCAUCUCCUGUUGUCUUGUGCGACACAAUUGAGUUCAGUUCUUAUUCAAGCACACUCGUUCUGCACAUAACACACAUGAGUGUUGAAUGUUCCCUGUGUGUGAGGAGGACCGGCCCAAAUGGGCAGAGGAGUGCCUGAUGUCAACAGCAGGAUCCAGAUUCUAGGACCAUUGAACUUUCAAGGCCAUGUGAAAAUGUGUAAUGCACUUCAUUUCACAGCAUUACUGUUGUAGCUGUAAAAAAUGCACAAACCCAAGUUUUGUUUGGUUUGUUCAUUUUACAUCAACACGCAAAUCUUUGAUAAAUGUUUUAUCCGGAGACCGAAUGGCAAUAAGGAAAUGGAU